AACAUCACACACAAUAUACCAGCAUUGUUGACUUCCCUCAGAUGUGUUUCCGACAAGGAUGAAAGUACUGUCUUGGUUGGCUUUUCUAUGGGCUUUCAGUGUAUCCGAUGGAAGAAAAGCAUGUUCACCUGGAAGAUAUUGGGACUCUGGACUGGAUAAGUGUGAUCUAUGUUCUUCUAUAUGUGACUUUAUGGAACAACAAGGAACUGCCAAAGCAUGUCAAGAAAGUUGUCCUGAUUACAAAUCGGUGGCUGAUGCAAAUCAAGCGAAUGAACAAUCAAUCGUUAACGGUACAAGCAUGAUUGUGCCAGUGGUUGUAUGUGCCAUUGUUGGUGUGAUCUGUAGUAUUAUUGUAGCCGGGUUUCUCCUUCGUCGGCAUCGUCAACGACACACUGAUGCACCAUCUGACGAGCCCACCCCACAACCGCCACCUCUACCUCACUCAUCAGUAACAUACGUGGCUUUACCUAUUCAUACUCAGACGGAGGACACUGCAACAUCUGCCUCGUCUAUAGGAGCAUCUGCAGACCGACGGGAAGGCAUAGAAGCGAAUUUAAUGGGUUACCCAGACCUUCCAGACCGAUUUGAACCAAUCGGUGACGACAUCUCACCACGCUGAUGAGGACUCUGACCAGGAUGGGAUACAUUUUAAUUGGUGACAUUAUUGACUUGGUCAUAACACAGGAUGAUGGAACAGAUUCAAGAUUCCGCUAUUGUGCAUGCUGCUAUCAAGCUGAUCUUCCAGUGUACAGGAAAGUUUUUAGGAUUAAUUCGUUUGGUAGAAACAUAAAUGUAUUCUCAAAAAUAAAUUGCAGCCACAGUCGAGAUAGAUUU